AUGGAUCGCUUAAGUGGACAUUCUUCGGCUGCUUACAUGGCAGUUGUGGCGAUAAAAAUUAUUGCCAUGUGGCUCAUGAUUGUUGUUAUGGUCGAGUGCGUAUAUCAUUUACGAUCUUGGUUCUGGUUGCUGUGUGGAUUGUCGAUUUCCCUCGCUUGUUUCGCUUUUAAAAUGAUCGCGAGUAUCACAAUGUAUGCCUUCUAUCUUAUCUUCAAAAUCGUAAUGGAAUCGCUGAGAGUUGCUUUCUACUGCAUCAAGUCCACCAUGUUGUUCGCAUUAUAUGGCGCGUUCACUAUUUUGUAUUACCUAUUUACAUUAUUCUCGGAUUGGGCCUUAAAUUUAAGAAUGGACUGGAGAAGUUUUUUCCAACUGUGUUGUUUGUGUGGCGUCGUGAUCGUGACAAUGUUGCUGCAUUGGAACAAACAAGGCACAAGAAAUUUUUUUUCUAGCGCCGUUAAAAAGGUCAAGAGGUACUUCGAUUCUAUGUUUACCACCUUCAGUAGCCAAGCAAGAAUCAUUCAAGAGAAACUGGAUCGUUUAAGCGCACAUUUAUUUGCUGGUUACGUGGCAGCAGCGGCCAUAAAAGUUUGUGUGAUGUUUUUUGUUACCGCCAUUGUUGUCAAGUGCGUCUGGGUGGCGAUAAGAUAUUUAUUCAUUUUAUUCAUCUGCCUCUUCUGCUUAGCUGUGAUGUUUAUCUUUGGAUACGCAAGAAAUAUUAUAGAGAAAAGUGCUUUCUUUCAGAAUAUACUGAUUUCCUUCAGGAAGAUUUUUAUGGAAUUGACAGACGCUGGUUGUGAGUUCACCCUUUACCGCUGGCAGUUUAAAGAGGCAGAUUCCUAUUGGUGGGAAAAUUUCGGCCCUUCAGACGAUGUGACUUUGGAAAAGCUUUACUGUGACGUUAAUAAUCUAGAAGUUCCGUUGAACCUUACAGAUACUGCGUUGAGUGCGUCAUCAUCAUCUCAAGUGAAAGUUCAUUUCGAGGAGAUGUCCAUGCACUCGCCCACCUCUUCCCAGUUCUUGCUCCGUCGAUGGUCAACACCAUCCUUUGUACAGGAGCCGAACAACAAAUCAUCUACACAUUGGUUUUGGUAUUGGAAAGACAAUGAUGGUUGGAAGAAAUACGCUGAAACGAUGCAGUCGUCUGGAGAUAUACAAGGAGAGAUAGAGGCUGCCUAUUUAAAUGAAGAAGACACUUUUUCCUUUCGAAUUGGUUCUCACAAUUACAUCCUCAAAUUCUACGAAACGCCUAUGUACCAAAUAAAUAUCGACCCAGACAUCCAGACCAUGCGGACAGUGAGAAGAAGACCUGUGUUUGUUUCAAAACCAACAUACCAGACCAAAAAGAGAUAUGUGAGUGAACGCUUUCACGAAACAAUGCCAGUACACCAAGCCUCCAUAGUGAUGGUAGAAAGAAUUUGGAACGAAGAGCUAUUUGACAGAUACGAAAGUAAGCGAGAAAGAAUUAAAAGGAAACUGAAAGCUAAAAGGUACGAUCAGAUAGAGAAGUUGUUGUUCCAUGGUACGUCAUCACAUGUCGUUGAUGCCAUCUGCAAGCAGAACUUUGACCAUAGAGUGCGAGGAAAGCACGGGACAAAGUAUGGAGAAGGGAGCUACUUUGCUAGAGACGCCUCCUACAGCAAUAACUACAGUAGUCUAAGUGGGGAAAAGACGAGAUUCAUGUUCCUCGCAAAGGUCUUAACAGGGGAAUACACGCUCGGAGAGACAGGUUUUCUUCGACCGCCUCUGAAAGAUCCAAACAAUCCUGCCAGUGAUUUGUACGAUUCAUGCGUCGACGACGAAAAUCAACCGCAGAUCUUUGUCAUUUUUAAUGACGAACAAUGCUAUCCUUCCUAUCUAAUUAAGUAUGAGCUGUCAUAGUUUUAGGUAUCAAAGACUGGUAAAUCGCCUCCCGGUUAGCUCAAUUGGUUAAGCGCCGGACUGUUGUGCGGGAGGUCUAGGGUUCGA